AAUCGAGGCUGCAUUAUGGCGUCGGCGUCGGCGCCGCCGCCGCCGCCGCCGCCGCCGCGGCGCGUGUGCGUGACCGGAGGCGGCGGGUUCAUCGCCUCGUGGCUCGUCAAGCUCCUCCUCUCCCGCGGAUACGCCGUGCACGCCACCGUCCGCGACCCAAGUAAGCAUGCUGCGCCGCCCACACGCCGCUCCGCCUCCGCCUCGCUCGCCGUGAUCCGCCGACGUGUGUCGGAAGUUGGGGACUCAUGCAUGGCGCGUGCGGGCUCUGCUCCAGGUGAUCCCAAGAACACCCACCUGCGGCGGGUGGAGGGAGCUCCGGAGAGUCUGCUCCUGUUCAAGGCCGACGUGCUCGACCGGGACGCGCUGGCCGCCGCGGUCGCCGGGUGCGAGGGGGUCUUCCACGUUGCCUCCCCUGUGCCCGCGGAUAAGGUCCUCGAUCCUGAGUCAGAGGUGUUGGCUCCUGCUGUCAAAGGCAGUCUGAAUGUUCUUCAGGCUUGCUCCGCGAAUAAUGUUCAGAAAGUUGUUGUGGUUUCAUCCACCGCUGCUGUUCAUUUUAAUCCGAGUUGGCCCCAAGGUAGAUUGAAAGACGAGAGCUGCUGGUCGGACAGAAAUCUAUGCAUGAAAAAUGAGGACUGUUAUAGUGCUGCCAAGACAAUUGCUGAAGAGACAGCAUUGGAGUAUGGAGAGAAGAAUGGGCUGACUGUUGUUACAGUUUGCCCCUGUAUCGUUUUAGGUCCGCUGCUGCACCCAGUGGUCAAUACUACGAGCGAAUUACUCAUCUACAUUAUGAAAGGAGGUCCUAGUGUGAUGAAAAAUGUGCCCUGGAACAUAGUUGAUGUCCGCGAUGUGGCUGAUGGUUUGCUUCUGGUCUACGAGAAAGUGGAAUCAUCUGGGAGACACAUCUGUGCGCCAGAUCGGAUCAGCACAAAAGACAUGGUGAACUUGCUGAAGAAGGCCUAUCCUAACUACAAUUAUGUGAAGUGCGACGACAAGGACUACGUAUCUGCAAUCUCGGGAGUUACAUCGGAGAAACUAACGAAUCUAGGCUGGAGACCGAGGAAAAUGGAGGAAACUUUGUGCGACAGCGUGGAAUACUACGAGAAGGCGGGGCUUGUGCAGGACGUGCAGGGCCGCACCUGCCGUCUUCCUCAUAUUUUUCAUUAUGCUUCUGACAAAUGAAGCGAAGCUAUGCAUUACAUCUACUACUUUUAUCUUAUUAUAAGCUCAGAACGUUAUUGAUGACAAUAUUAUAUUGCAAGAUAAUUUUUUUCUCUGGAAAUACGUAGGAGAAAUACAUGUCGUGGUGUUUAGAACCAGAAACUGCAUUUGGACA